AUGCCGACGAAACGUCUGAGAAUUUACCACGUCCAUGGUAUGGUGCUAAGAAUGGAGAUACUCACUGACGAUGCCGGCGAAACGUCUGGGAAUGUACCACGUCCACGGUCUUACUUUGGAAAUGAUCAUGCAGACAAUGGACCCCGGACUAGGUGCGUUCCAAUAAGUCUUCCUACCAAUGUGACCAUUGGAAAUGAUGAUGCAUACAAUGGACUCCGGACUAGGAGAUUUCAGCCUAAAUCACGGGCUUGCAGCAAACUGGGCAGGCAUCAGUCUGCUCCACAUGUAGUCGAUUGGAUACGGCACCUGAUCCACAUCUUAAAUUGUCGGUGUGGCACUCAUCUGAGCCGCACCAUUGCUGAUAAUGGGGCGCCUGAUCUAUUGUCUGCAAUCAAAAUGGCCUAUUCCCGACGGCCAGCAGAGCCUGCCGACGAUGCCUUAUUGCCAGUGGUGCUCUACCUGUCAACCAUUCGCAAUCGGCCCAACUACCGCUAA